UAUCUAGGCACAGGACAAAACACACUGACUCACUUCACUUGAGUAACUCAAAUCUGAAGAGAGAGAGAGAGAGAGAGAUGGGGUGGGCAAUAGCACUUCACGGUGGCGCGGGUGGCAUCCCGCUCUCUCUUUCACCUGAGCGCCGCCUGCCUUGCGAGGCCGGCAUCCGCCACUGCCUCCACAUCGGCGUCGAAGCUCUCAAAGCCAACACCUCACCUUUGGACGUCGUUGAGCUUGUGGUUAGGGAGCUAGAGAACAAUCCACACUUCAAUGCUGGAAAGGGGUCAGUGCUAACCACAGAUGGCACAGUUGAAAUGGAAGCUUGCAUCAUGGAUGACAAAAAGAGAUGUGGAGCUGUUUCUGGACUCACCACUGUCGUCAAUCCCAUCUCUUUAGCAAGAUUGGUCAUGGAGAAAACUCCUCACAUUUAUCUUGCUUUUGAUGGAGCAGAAGCCUUUGCUAGGGAACAGGGUGUUGAGACUCUAGAUUCGAGUCAUUUCAUUACCCCGGAUAACGUAGAAAGGCUCAAUAAAGCAAAAGAAGCCAAGAGAGUUCAGAUUGAUUAUACACAACCCCUUCACAAAGAUAAGAAGGAAGAAACACCAGACGCUGAUGGUGAUAGUAAACUUGGGACUGUUGGAUGCGUGGCCGUUGAUAGUUUCGGAAAUUUAGCUUCUGCAACUUCUACUGGCGGAUUUGUCAACAAGAUGGUUGGCCGGAUUGGGGACACGCCCAUCAUUGGUGCAGGGACAUAUGCCAACAAUCUCUGCGCAGUUUCUGCUACGGGCAAAGGUGAAGCAAUUAUUCGUGGCACGGUUGCAAGGGAUGUGGCAGCUCUUAUGGAGUUCAAAGGUGUUUCUCUCAAAGAAGCAGCAGCUUAUGUCGUGGAGGAGAGUACUCCAAAAGGCAAUGUAGGGCUGAUUGCUGUGUCUGCUGCAGGGGAAGUCACGAUGCCUUUCAAUACCACCGGUAUGUUUCGAGCUUGCGCUACUGAGGAUGGGUAUUCGGAGAUUGGAAUAUGGCCUAAUUCUGUGGAAAAUGGAGGGGAUAAUCAUUGAUUAUGUUGGAGCAUAAGCAUGGCAGCUAGAUCAAGCAUUCAAGGUUGUUGCAAUAUGAAAGAAGAAGAAGCUUGAAAUGUCUAAGUGUUGUUCUUAGCUAAGUUUAUAUAUUUGUAAUAAAGGGUCAAGAUUAUAACAUCUCAAUGGUGUAUAACUUGAUAUGUGUCCAGUUUGUUAUAUGUUAAAUGAAACCAUGUGAGUUGUACGUGAUCAUAGUCACGAUGCUUUGAUGGGUUGGCAAUAGAUAUAUAGCUGGUUUGUAGUCAA